GAGAAAAAGAAAAGAAAAAAAGACACUGCGUAAACCAAGGCUACGUAAUACUCUCUCUGGAACAAGCCAGAAAAAGGAAGGGGAAAAAAGAAGCGGCUUGAAUAUUAACACAAUAACUUGAAGAAUAAAAAACCAAAGCAAAAGCUUCAAUGCCUGUCAAAAGGGAGGAGGACUCUUGCUCAACGCAGCUAAUAGAUGGGAACGGUGAAUUCAACGCGAAGGGUCUCGACAACUUCACCAGCACUGUCAAACUUACUCGGUGCGGUCUCUCUUAUGCUGUUGUUGCUAUUAUGGGACCGCAGAGUAGCGGGAAAAGUACCUUGUUAAAUCACUUAUUCUAUACCAAUUUCAGGGAGAUGGAUGCUUUCAGAGGAAGGAGUCAGACAACCAAGGGAAUUUGGAUAGCAAAGGCUAUUGGUAUUGAGCCGUUGACCAUUGUCAUGGAUUUGGAGGGUACUGAUGGAAGAGAGAGGGGUGAGGACGAUACAACAUUCGAGAAACAAAGUGCGUUGUUUGCUUUGGCUGUUGCAGAUGUCGUACUAAUAAACAUGUGGUGCCAUGAUAUUGGCAGGGAGCAGGCUGCCAAUAAACCUCUUCUCAAAACAGUAUUUCAGGUCAUGAUGCGUUUGUUUAGUCCACGCAAAACUACCCUUCUUUUUGUUAUACGUGAUAAAACGAAGACUCCACUAGAAUAUCUUGAGCCUAUUCUGAGGGAGGAUAUCCAGAAGAUAUGGGAUGGAGUUCGAAAGCCUCAAGCACACAAGGACACCCCCCUCAGUGAAUUUUUCAAUGUAGAAGUCACUGCCCUACCCAGUUACGAGGAGAAGGAAGAGCAGUUUAAAAAUCAGGUUGCCCAACUUAGGCAGCAGUUUUUCCACUCUAUCUCUCCAGGAGGCCUGGCUGGUGAUAGGCGGGGUGUUGUUCCUGCCUCUGGUUUUUCUUACAGUGCACAGCAAAUAUGGAAGGUUAUCAAAGAAAACAAGGACCUCGACUUGCCUGCUCACAAGGUCAUGGUGGCAACUGUGCGUUGUGAAGAAAUUGCAAAUGAGAAGUUCGGUAGCUUGAUGAUAAAUGAGGACUGGCGAGCUCUCGAGCAUGAAGUGCAUGAGGAUGCGGUUCGAAAUUUUGGAAGACGACUGAGCUCCAUCUUAGAUGACUUUCUGUCAGAAUAUGAUGCUGAGUCUGUCUUCUUUGAAGAAAAUGUGAGAAGUUUAAAACGUCAACAGUUUCUAUCGAAAGCUUUGCAAUUGGUCCAUCCUGCUUUCAUUUCACAGUUGGGGCAUCUACGUGAUAAAUCGCUUGAAGCAUUUAAGACUCAGCUGGAACAAUCAUUACGCAGAGGAGAAGCAUUUGCUGCAUCUGUUCGUAAAUGUGCCGACUCUACUAUAAUUGAAUUUGAUAAAGGAUGUUCAGAUGCCGCCGUAAGACAUGCUAAUUGGGAUGCUUCAAAAGUUCGUGACAAACUUCAUCGUGAUAUUGAGGCCCAUGCAUCCUCUGUUCGUAAUGAUAAGUUGUCCAAUCUGAAGGCUACUUAUGAGAAACAAAUCACAGCUGCACUUGCUGAACCCAUAGAAUCCCUUUUUGAGGUUGGGGGGAGUGACACAUGGGCUUCAAUAAGAAAGCUUCUAAAACGCGAGACUGAUGUGGCCAUAUCGUGCUUCUCCCCGGCUCUUUCCGGCUUUGAGUUGGACCAGGAUACAUUUGACAGAAUGAUGCAAAAUCUGAAGGACUACGCUAGAAGUGUUGUAGAGAAGAAAGCAAGAGAAGAAGCUGGAAAAGUUUUGAUGCGAAUGAAGGAUAGGUUUAAUACUGUGUUCAGCCAUGAUAGUGACUCAAUGCCAAGGCUUUGGACAGGGAAGGAGGACAUUAAAUCAAUAACAAAGGAGUCCCGCUCUGAGUCUCUGAAGCUUUUAUCCGUAGUGGCUGCCAUACGGUUGGAUGAAAAACCAGACAGAAUAGAAAGCAUACUUUUUUCUAGACUCUUGGAAGGGACAUUUUCAAUUCGGGAUAGGGAUCGUGGAGAUUCUGGUGAUCCUCUUGCCUCAAGCUCAUGGGAAGAGGUUUCACGAGAGAACACAUUGCUCACACCAGUGCAGUGCAAAUCGUUGUGGAGGCAAUUCAUGGCAGAAACAGAGUAUACUGUUACUCAAGCUAUUUCAGCACAGGAAGCAUACAGGCAAAGCAAUAAUUUGUUACCUCCUGCCUGGGCUAUAAUGGCUAUGAUUAUACUCGGUUUCAACGAAUUCAUGCUUCUUUUAAGAAAUCCGCUCUACCUCUUGGUGCUUUUUGUUGUAUAUUUGUUAGGGAAAGCUCUGUGGGUACAAAUGAACAUUCCUGGGGAGUUCCGAAAUGGCAUUGUGAGUAAAAUAGCUGUUCCUUGUUUUCAUUUAUGGCUUUACUCUUUUCCUGAGCUUAAGAUAGGUUGUUUGAACUAACUGAUUCCUUGUCUG